UUAAACUUUCAGAUCAAAAGUCAUAUAGUUUUUUUUUGGGGGUUCUUACUUAUACUCUUUGUGAAAUUUCAAGCAAGAGUGUUGGUAGAUAUUGAAAUAAAGUAAAUCACAAAGAAGAUACGUUGCCCAAACCUAACCCCUACACAAGCUAGAUGGACAUAGUCACAUUACCUUGUCGAAAGUAGUUUUCAUCUUUUGCAUAUUUUUAGCCUUGGAAUCAUGAAAAGAAACAUAGAAAAAUGUAAACAAACUAGUAAAAAGCCACUUGUUAUAGCUGAAUACUAGCAGUAUCCGUCUCUCUCUCUCUAUCUCUUCCCAAGAAAAGGAAGAAAAAGCAUCACACGGGAAUGCUAUUUGCGUAGAUACAGGACCAGCGAGGAAGGAAGAAAGGAGAUGGGAGGGGUGACAUCUUCGGUGGCGGCGAAGUUCGCCUUCUUCCCGCCGAGUCCGCCGUCUUACAAGGUGGUCACGGACGAGCUAACGGGACUGUUGCUUCUCGCCCCAUUCCCACACCGAGAAAACGUGGAAAUCCACAAGCUUCAGACCCGAAGAGGCACGGAGAUAAUGGCCAUGUACGUGAGGCACCCGAUGGCCACCUCGACGCUGCUCUACUCGCAUGGAAACGCCACCGAUCUGGGACAGAUGUAUGAGCUCUUCAUCGAGCUUGGCAUCCAUCUCAAGGUUAAUCUCAUGGGAUACGAUUACUCCGGGUAUGGACAAUCAACUGGAAAGCCGAGUGAGCAUAACACGUAUGCUGAUAUCGAAGCUGUUUAUAAGUGUCUUGAAGAAACCUACGGCUCUAAACAGGAAGAUGUUAUCUUCUACGGCCAGUCUGUAGGGAGCGGUCCCACAUUACAUCUUGCUUCCCGGUUCCCUCUAUUGAGAGCCGUCGUACUCCACAGCCCAAUCCUCUCCGGUUUAAGAGUAAUGUAUGCCGUUAAGAAAACCUACUGGUUCGACAUCUACAAGAAUAUCGACAAAAUCCCAUAUGUCGAUUGCCCUGUUCUCAUCAUUCAUGGAACUUCGGAUGAAAUAGUGGACUGUUGUCAUGGGAAACAACUAUGGGAACUGUGCAAAGACAAGUAUGAGCCGCUUUGGGUGGAAGGAGGGAACCACUGUGAUCUUGAACAAUACCCUGAAUACAUGAGACACCUCAAGCAAUUCAUCACAACAGUAGAGAGGUUACCUUCCCGGAGCAGCAGCAGCAGCAGCGGCGGCGUGAGAGAUGAUGGACCUACUCGGAGGAGGAGUGUGGACAGGAGAGAGAAGCCGAGGCAGAGCACAGAGCGUAAGCCGCUUCCGCCAAAGAGUCAGUGGAAGAAGAGCAGCAGCAAGCUCAGGAUAUCUUUUGAUCACCACCAUCUGGAUCGGUCCAGGAGAAGCCUUGACUGCCAUGACAAAACUCGGAAGAGCAUUGACCACUCCCAUCAGGUUGAGAGGGGAAGGAAGAGUGUGGACAGGGUAGGCUCCGAGUUGUGAAUGAUCCACAUUUUUUUAUUUUGUUAUUGUUACGUUUUACGUAUAGAUGAUGAGUACAUAACUGUUCUAUACCGAACACGUAACAUGUGGUCGUGACAUUAUUUCUAAUUUUAUGUCUCCUGUUGUCAACAAA